AUAACUUGUCGUUUAAAAUUAAUGAAUUUAUAUUUUUAAAGAAAAAACAAAUAUCAAGAAUUUCUUUUGUUUAACGGUGGUCCAGAUGAUCCAUUGGAACAAGUGGUGAAGGUGAGAAGCAUAAAAAAAAAAAAAUUUAAAUUCCUAAUGGGGAAGGUCACAUUCAGCCCAAAAUCAUCUUCUCCCAUCACGUUAAAUACAAACAGACAAUGCCUUAACCAAAAAAAUUUUAAAUCAAAACCACAAAUAAAAAUGUCUGCAGAGCAUUUGCUAUUAAACGUAGAUGAUCAUCAUGAUGGUGGGAUGAAAUUUGAGGUUCGUGAUUUGAAGAAAGUAUCUGAUGCGGGUGUUCCCAUUCUGAACGGAAUCAACGUGGGUAUCCCGAAAGGGAUGAUCGUGGGGAUCAUUGGACCAAGCGGGAGUGGGAAAUCAACGUUGCUUAGAGCACUUAAUCGGUUGUGGGAGCCUCCAUCGGAUACGGUGUUCCUUGACGGUCAUGAUAUCGUUGAUCUUGAUGUUCUUGGACUUCGCCGGAAAGUCGGCAUGCUUUUUCAGCUCCCCGCCCUCUUUCACGGUACUGUUGCAGAUAACAUUCGAUAUGGACCAAACUUGAGAGGAAAGAAGUUAAGUGAUGAAGAAGUUUCCAAGUUGCUAACACUUGCAGACCUUGAUUCCUCCUUUUUCAGUAAGACCGGUGGUGAAUUAUCUGUUGGUCAAGCUCAAAGAGUUGCACUUGCUCGGACACUGGCUAAUGAACCCGAGGUUUUGUUGCUGGAUGAACCAACAAGUGCCUUGGAUCCGAUUUCGACACAAAACAUAGAGGACGUGAUAGUGAAACUUAAGAAGAAAAAGGGAAUGACUGUUGUAAUGGUUUCUCAUAGCAUCAAGCAAAUCCAAAGGGUAGCAGAUGUGGUUUGCCUUCUUGUGAAUGGUGAAAUUGUUGAGGUGUUGAAGCCUGAUGAGCUAUCUCAAGCCAAGCAUCCCAUGGCACAAAGGUUUCUUCAACUAAGUUCUUAAAAUACUUGUGUUGUAUAUAUCCUUUUCUGUGUUUGGGAUUGAUGUUAAUUGCAAGAUGUUUGAUAUAUUUCUACUAGUUUUUGUUCCAUGUUUUGCAAUAAAUUGAAGUACAGAAGUAGCUUUUGGACUCCACCGACAC